AUGUCAUAUCCAUACGGAGCUCCUCCUAUACCCUGGAACUCGAGACCACAGAUAGACACUCGUAGGCCCUCUCAGCCAUCAAUCGCCGCGAGUAUUUCUAAUAUCAUGUAUAAAAAUGCCGUAUACUACCCCAACUAUCGAGUUUAUCGCGGAGAGACGCCUGGGUCACUGAACUUUGGUUGUAUCAGCCAUGUCUUUUAUGCUUUUGCUCAUGUUGGCCCGGAUGGUGGAGUUUUUUUGAGUGAUGAAUGGGCAGAUAUGCAAAUGCCCGUUGACGGUGCCACUGGAGGCGGCUGUCUAGGGUCAUUUAUGCGUUUGAAACAACAGCAUCCACAUCUCCAGCUCAUCAUCUCUAUAGGCGGUGGUGCGGCAAGCCAACAUUUUCCGCAAGUUGCUGCUUCAGCUGCCACAAGAGAUCAUUUCGGAAAGUCGGUCCGAGGUCUAGUAGAUGCGACAGGUUUCAAUGGUGUUGAUAUCGACUGGGAACAUCCAUCGGAUCCUGAACAGGGUCGAAAUUUCCUUGCCCUCCUCGCUGCUAUUAGAAUUCAUCUACCCGACGAAAGAUAUCUUUUAACAGCCGCUUUACCUGCCGGACGAUGGGCUUUGCAAAAUAUCGAUCUUUACAAAGCUCAAGAUUAUUUAGAUCUAAUCAAUCUUAUGGCCUACGACUUUCAUGGUUCAUGGUCCCAAAAGUCAGGACAUCACGCCCAACUUUUUCCUGGGAACGUGCCGGAUGCAGCAAAUGGAAGUGCUGCUGUCGAUUAUGUUGUAUCGACUGGUUUUCCAGCCUCAAAGAUAUUACUUGGAGUUCCAGUAUAUGGAAGAUCCUUCUUGAACUCUAGAGGACCAGGUCACCCAUACCAAGGCUGCGGUGGGGAAGACGGAACAUUCGAGUACAAGUUAUUACCGCGGCCCGGAACUCAAGAGGUGGUUGAUACCACCACUAUUUCAGCUUCCUGCCAUGGAGGUGAUGGGGGAUGGGUCUCUUACGACAACCCACAAACAGUCAGAAUGAAAGCUGACUAUUGUAGACAAAGGCGUCUUGGAGGACUGUUUUACUGGACCGGGACAGCAGAUGCACCAGGCCCGCGAAGUUUAAUAUCAGCUGGAUUUAAAGCUCUACAUGAUGCGUAA